AUGUCGCUUAAAAGAAAGUGUAAUUUUGAUCAGUUUGACUCGUCUACAUCAACAACAUCUUUAUGUGCUGAUGAUGGUUCAACGACAAAUUCAUCAUUGACAACAGCUAAAUAUAUUAAAACUGAACAACUUCUUGAACGAACAUCAUCAAAUAAUAUUUUUUAUAACAACAAUAACACUCCAUUAAACGAUCAUAAUGAACAUGUCAAUACAAGUAAUGGUUCACCUUUAUUUAAUAAUCAAGAAUCAAAUGGUGAUCGACUUGAAUCAAACAUCCAUAAUGAUGAAUCUAUGACACAUACAUCACAAUCUAACGAUAAUAUUAAUCAUGUAAAAGAUGCAAUUAAUACAACUCAAACUAAUGAAUCUCAAUCAGAAAUAAAAGUCACACCAUUACCUAAUCUAGAUCAACCACAACCGCAACGAAAACGUCGUAAAAAUAUUCCAUCAUCGAAAAUCUCUAGACCAUCUACCUCAGCAAUAACAACAACAACAACAACAACAACCUCAUCAUCAGCGUCACCAUCUAUAUUAACAAAUAAUAUAAAACUUGAAAAAAAUAUUCCUUCAUUACCAACAGUUCCAGUAAAUUCAUCACCAUCAACAACAAAAAUCAAUGCAGCAAUGAUAUUUAAUUCAAUACGUUCCUUAUUAGAAGAAAAGAAAUCUGAAAAUAAUGAUGAAAAUUUACUAUUAACGAUUGAUUGUCUUAUUGAUAGUUUACAACAUUUACGUGAAAGAAUAAAAACAAUUGACAAUGAUGCUAAUCAUGAAAGAAGUUCUUUAAUAGCAAAUAUGACUUAUGAUGAUUCACAUCCAUUAAAUUUAUCUAAACCAAAAAAACGACAACAAACACGUUUAUCAUCAACAAAUAGUGAUGAUAUGAGUCCAAGUACAACAACAGUCAGUUCACCAUCACCAUCAACACCAACAUUAUCAUUACAAUCAGCAAUGUAUCCUUCACAAGCACUUUUCUAUGAAAAACCAUUUUUUCCUUCAUUUUCAGUACCUAAUAUGACUCAUUUACAAAAUUAUUUAAAACUAUCAGCUGCAAAUGUACUUAAUGAUUCAAUAAAUGUAAAAAAUGGAGAAAAUGGUUCGUCACGAUGUUCAUUACCUUCUCCUUUUGCUGGUUUAAAUAUGUAUGCUUUUCCACCAACAUCAAGUCAUCUUUCACAUCACUCAAAUUUAUCUUCAGCGUUACAUGAAACAGUAAAUACAAAUAAUAAUAACCAUCACAACAACAACAACAAUAAUAAUCAUCAUCAUCAUCGCGAUUUGUCUAUUGACAAAGAAUCAUCAUUAGCUCGUCACGGAGGAAAUAAUCGAAAAGAUCGAAAUCAUCAUCAUCACAAUCGUCAUUCACCACCAAAUAGUUUAUCAAUCUUAACAAGUAACAAUGAAACAAAUUCAACGAAUACAACAUCGUCAUCAACGUCAUCAAUUGAUCAUAUAAAACGACCAAUGAACGCAUUUAUGGUUUGGGCACGUGAAGAAAGACGAAAAAUUUUAAAAGCCUGUCCCGAUAUGCAUAAUUCAAGUAUUAGUAAAAUCUUAGGUGCUCGAUGGAAAGCAAUGAGUAAUGAAGAAAAACAACCCUAUUAUGAAGAACAAUCACGUUUAAGUAAAGUUCAUAUGGAGAAAUAUCCUGAUUAUCGAUAUAGACCACGACCAAAAAGAACCUGUGUCAUCGACGGUAAGAAAAUGCGUUGGUCGGAGUAUAAACAAAUGCUAAAACAACGAAAACAUAGUCCCUUCGAUGAUCAACUAUCACCUGAAGGUGGCCAAUAUCUUAAUUUAAAAGACGAUGAUGAUGAAGAUGAAGUUGUUGAUGAUGAAUGUAGUACAGAUGGUAGUGAUCGUUCUCCAAAGGCGCUUGUUUUUGCUGAUUAA